UCUUGCACUCCUCCUAAUUGGUGUGAGGCCCUCAGGCUCCAGGCUCCAGCUCCAAGCUCACAGUGUAAGCAAAAAGAGAGCAGAAGAAGAAGAGAGAAGAGUUUGGUUUUGCAGAAAUGGAGACUGGCGUAUUGACUUACACUUGUGGGACUCUGGUUCCUCACACUUCGAGGCCUUCUUCUACUCCCUCUCUGUCACGAUUCAUCAACUCUCAAAGCUCGAAGUGUAGCGCAAUCUACGGGGAGUCGCUUCGAUUAUCACCAAAAUCACAGUCGAGAAGAACAGCAAAGGUCGGCGCCGGCAAAUCUUCUUCUACAAUCACAAGAUGCGAGAUCGGAGACAGCUUGGAGGAGUUUCUGACUAAGGCAACCCCCGACAAGAACCUGAUAAGGCUUUUAGUGAGCAUGGGAGAGGCAUUGAGGACCAUAUCCUUCAAAGUGAGGACGGCCUCUUGUGGUGGAACUGCCUGUGUCAACUCCUUUGGCGAUGAACAACUCGCAGUUGAUAUUCUUGCCAAUCAACUCCUCUUUGAGGCAUUGAGAUACUCUCACUUCUGCAAGUACGCAUGCUCCGAAGAAGUCCCAGAGCUUCAAGACAUGGGAGGACCCGUUGAAGGUGGAUUCAGUGUGGCAUUUGAUCCCCUAGACGGCUCGAGCAUUGUCGAUACCAACUUCACAGUUGGUACGAUCUUUGGGGUGUGGCCUGGAGAUAAGCUUACAGGGGUCACAGGAGGGGACCAAGUUGCGGCCGCCAUGGGUAUCUAUGGUCCACGCACCACCUAUGUUCUUGCCCUCAAGGAUCUGCCUGGCACCCAUGAAUUCUUGUUGCUAGAUGAAGGUAAAUGGCAGCAUGUAAAAGACACCACAGAGAUUGGGGAAGGGAAAAUGUUCUCUCCAGGGAAUUUAAGGGCAACUUCUGACAAUCCCGACUAUGCCAAGUUGAUUGAUUACUAUGUUAAAGAGAAAUACACGUUGCGUUACACUGGAGGCAUGGUGCCUGAUGUCAACCAGAUCAUAGUGAAGGAAAAGGGCAUAUUCACAAAUGUGACAUCCCCAUCAGCAAAGGCCAAGCUUAGGCUCCUGUUUGAGGUGGCUCCCCUAGGGCUCCUAGUGGAGAAAGCUGGAGGAUAUAGCAGUGAUGGCAAACAAUCAGUCUUAGACAAAGUGAUCAGCACUCUUGAUGAGAGAACACAAGUUGCUUAUGGGUCUAAAAAUGAGAUCAUUCGCUUUGAAGAGACCUUGUAUGGUUCCUCUAGGCUCAAGGCUGGCACACCACUGGCUGCUGCCGUUUAAGCCUUUUUGCCUUUACUUUUUUUAAAAAGAGUAUCACUUUAUCACAUCAAGUUGAUGCUUUGUGUCCUACAUAUAAAGCAUGAUUCAAGAUUUGAAGGUACAUUCAUUAAUGUAAAAUAGUGCUCCAUUAUGUUACAGUAAUAGUGCUCCAUUAUGUUUGAAA